UCUGCUUGCUCUGGUUUCAUUUUGUUCUUUUUCUAGUUUCUUGAAGUGGGCACUUAGAUUAUUGAUUGGAGAUCUUUUCUCAUUCCUAAUGUAAGCAUUUUAGUGCUCUGAAUUUUCCUCUAAGUAUUACUUUAGCAGCAUCCUACGUAUUUUUAUGUGCUGUCUUCAUUUUCUAUGUGUUUUAAAAAAUUUUUCUUUGAGACUUCUUCUUUGGUCCAUGGAUUAUUUAGAAGUGUGUUUUAUUUUCAUGUGUUUAGAGAUUUUUCUGUUGUCUUUCUGUUACUGGUUUUUAGUCUGUGUGAUUUCAAAUUUUAAAAUUGUUGAUGUUUGUUUUAUGACCCAGGAUAUGGUCUGUCUUAGAAAAUGUUCCAUGAGCACUUGGAAAAAAUACAUGUUCUGCUGUUGUUGGUUCUGUAUUCUAUGUAUAUCAUUUAAACCCUAUUGGUUGAUUGUUAUUAAUAUAGUUAUUUCCGCUUUUCUUCUUUUUCCAAUUGUUGCAACUUUUCCAUCAUUUUACUUUCCACUUACCUAUGUUGUUGAGUUUGAAGUUUAUUGUAAGCAGCAUAUUGUUGGGUCAUGUUUUUUAAAUCCAUUCUGUCAGUGUGUCUUUUGAUUGGUUUAUUUAGACCAUUUGCAUUUAGAGUAUUAUUGAUAUGUUCGCUCUUAAGCCUGCCAUUUUAUUAUUUGUUUUCUGUUUAUUUCCUCUAGUUUUCCUUCUCUUGCCUUCAUGCAAGUUACUUGAACAUAUUUUAGGAUUCUGUCUUGAGUUACAGAGUUUUUGAGUCUGUCUCUUGGUAGAGUUUUUGUAGUGGUUGUUCUGGGUAUUACAAUAUGCAUAUGUGGCUUAUAACAGCCCACUGUAUCAGCAUUUUACCACUUUGACAGAAGGGUGGACAUCUCACUUCCAUUUAGGUCUCUUUAUCUGUUAAGUUUUAAGUAUAAUUGUUUUGAGUAUUAGAUGAUGUUACAAUUUUUGUUUCAGUUGUCAAAUAUAAUUUAUAAAACUAAUGAUGAAAAAAAUAGUCUGUUGUAUGUACCUAUAUUUCUGUUGUUCCUUCUUUCCUGAUUUUCCAGGAUUUUCUUUUAUUGUUUCCUUUCUGUUUGGAAAAUUUCCUUUUACUAGUCAUCAAGGGUAGGUCUGCAGGCAUCGUGUUUAUUUAGUUUUUCUUCUUUUCACAGUGUUUUUAUUUCUUCUUUAUUUCUGAAGGAUAGUUUAAAUGGGUAUAGAAUUCUUAGUUGGCACUUACAUUUCUUCAGUAUUUGAAAAAUACUGUGCCACUUCUUUUGGCCUCAGUGUCUCCAGAUUGGAAUUCUACUGUCAUUCAAAUUAGUGUUCUCCUGUAAGCAAUGCUUCAUCUCUGUCUGGCCACUUUCAAGACCUUUUCUUUGUCUUUAGUUGCUUUUUUACUUUGAUUAUUAUUUUUUAUUGUUGUCUUUAGGUUUUUAAAGUUUAACUAUCAUGUAUCUUUUUGUAGAGUUGUUUGGGUUUGUCCUGUUUGAGGUUCACUCGGCUUUUUGGAUCUGUAAGUUUGUUUUAUUUGCUAAAUUUGGGAAGUUUUUAGCCUUCAUUUCAUCAAAUACAUUUUUUAGCCCCACUCUUUUUCCUGGAUCUUUUGUUAUUGCCCCACAGGUACCUAAGACUUAGUAUUUUUUUCAGUCUGCAUUUUCUUUGUUGUUCAGAUUGAGUCAGUUCUAUUUUUCUGUCCUCAAAUUCAUUGGUUCUUUGUCAUCUCCAAUCUUUAUUGAGCCCAUUUAGCAAAUUUAUAAAAUUUUAUUUCUGAUAUUGUAUUUUUUAGUCUUAUAAGUUCCUUUUGCUUCUUUUUUAUAGCUGCUGUUUCUUUGCUGAGGUUUUCUGUUUUUGGAUUCAGGAGAAUUUGUAAUUGAUUGUUGGAACAUUUUCGUGAUAACCAGAAAAAUCAUUGCUGUCGAAUCUGUUCCAACUCAUAGCGACCCUUGAUAGCUGCUUUAAAAUCCUUGUCAAAUAAUUGCAACAUCUUCAUCUCUCUGUUUACCUUAGUUAAUUGUCUUUUCUCAUUCAUGUUGUGAUUUUCUUGGACGAUUUUCUGUUGUAUUGUGGAUAUUUUAUUAUGUUAGCAGACUUUGAGUCCUACUUAAAUCUUUUAUUUUAGCAGGCAGUCACUCUGUUUUGGUUUAGCAGUGAAUCUUGGCCCGUUUUGUGGGCUGAUUCCAAUGGUGGUUUGAUUUUCAGAGCCUUUGCAGUGUUAUUUUCAUCUCCUUGAUUUAUCUGAUGUUAAUGAUGCUGCUGGGUUUCCCCAGGCUGGGCUUUCAGGUGUCCUGGAACCCCUACUGGUUUCCCACUCCCAAAGCCCCAGCCAGCUAGCCUGAGGAUUAGAGUCUUGGCUUUUGGGAAUUAAGAGUUUCCAAAUUGAGCUGUUUGCUGUGGCCAAGUUCCUCUUAGGAAGUCUGCCCACUUGCUUUGGUAUCUCUUGAUGGAAAAGGAAAGUCUCAAGCAAGAGAGUAAGGAGAGUGUUUCCCCUGGCCCUUAUUGUUGGUGGGGCUUCCAGUUGAUUCCCCUUGUUUGAUGCUGCCAGAGAGACUCCUAUUUGACCCCUGAAAGGAAUAUGUUUUUCUGGGCUUCUGUUGCUAGGUUGGUGGUCAGGAGAUGCCAGGCCUGAGUGGCCUUCUUCUGAUGGGUGUGGAAACGUAAACGCUCUGAUGCUGGGUGGUUUCUCCAGUAUGGGGUCCUAAACCAGUUCGCCUUCUUAUAAAAUAAAUAUUUAAAAUGGAUGUUCUGUGUGUGACUAGUUAAGCACCUUUCAGAGUUCUCCUUUGGUUGUUUGUUGUGUUAUUUCCAUGGUUUAUAGUUAACGCUUAGUGAGGAGGAGCAGGGAAAUACAGAUCAGCACCAUUUGACUGGACUGGAAGUUCAAGUUCCUUACCUUUUUGACUUGAAUAUUCUCCAUUCACUGGGUUAUUUUAGCUUUGAAAAUAAUGGUAUAUGGGAAGGUGCUUUGUGAAUUUUUAAGCAUUAUAUAAAUGUUUGCUUCAUAAAGCACUAAAACAGACGCCUGUUAGGGAGGUCAGCCAUACCCAGUUUACGAGGGUGCUAGGGAAUAGAUGCAUACUAUUUUCCUAUGCCUCUAUGUUAUGCAGACAUAAACAGGAUUUUAUUAUUUAGUUAAUUAAAAUGAAUAUGAAUUCUGGGUGUAUCUUCAAGGAUGUGUUUCAUCAAUUAUUUGUAUUUAAAAUGUUUAAUUAUCCCAAUAAUCCAUAAUAGUAUUUCGAUAGUCAUCAAACAUUUUUCAGAACAAUACUGAAAAUCUUAUGCAACCAAUUUAGUCUGUUUCAUUUAAUUCAUAGAUUGAGAAGGAAAAGCAAGAAAGUGUCCCGCUUUUGUUGUUGUUAGUUGCCACUGAGUCAGCUCUGACUCCUGGCAACCCCAUGUACAACAGAAGGAAAUGUUGCCUGGUCCUGUGCCAUUUUCAUGACCGAUUGAGGGAGGAACCUGCAGCCUGGAAAUUCAGCCCAGUGAUCUGGCGGCAUGGGCAUUUGCCUGAUACACUUCACGGAGGAAUUGGAUGACCUAAGUGAUUAAGGUGGUUUUGAGGGUUUCUGAAGCCUGGGAAAGGUGGAAACUCAACCAUGAUUUCGUUUUCAACUCUACAGCAUUUCCUUCCUUGAAGUCUUCAUUGUUACCUUAGUCUCAGGCAGUUACACUUAAGCAUGAACAUUGACGACAAACUGGAAGGAUUGUUUCUUAAAUGUGGCGGCAUAGACGAAAUGCAGUCUUCCAGGGCAAUGGUUGUAAUGGGUGGAGUGUCUGGCCAGUCCACCGUGUCUGGGGAGCUGCAGGAGUCAGUGCUUCAAGAUCGGAGUAUACCGCACCAGGAGAUCCUUGCUGCAGAUGAAGUGUUACAAGAAAGUGAAAUGAGACAACAGGAUAUGAUAUCACACGAUGAACUCAUGGUCCAUGAGGAGACAGUGAAAAAUGAUGAAGAGCAGAUGGAGACGCACGAAAGGCUUCCUCAAGGACUACAGUAUGCACUUAAUGUCCCUAUAAGUGUAAAGCAGGAAAUUACUUUUACUGAUGUAUCUGAGCAACUGAUGAGAGACAAAAAACAAAUCAGAGAACCAGUAGACUUACAGAAAAAGAAGAAGAGGAAACAGCGUUCUCCUGCAAAAAUCCUUACAAUAAAUGAGGAUGGAUCACUUGGUUUGAAAACCCCUAAAUCUCAUGUUUGUGAGCACUGCAAUGCUGCCUUUAGAACGAACUAUCACUUACAGAGACAUGUCUUCAUUCAUACAGGCGAAAAACCAUUUCAAUGUAGUCAAUGUGACAUGCGUUUCAUACAGAAGUACCUGCUACAGAGACAUGAGAAGAUUCAUACUGGUGAAAAACCAUUUCGCUGUGAUGAGUGUGGUAUGAGAUUCAUACAAAAAUAUCAUAUGGAAAGGCAUAAGAGAACCCAUAGUGGAGAAAAACCUUACCAGUGUGAAUACUGUUUACAGUAUUUUUCCAGAACAGAUCGUGUAUUGAAACAUAAACGUAUGUGCCAUGAAAAUCAUGACAAGAAACUAAACAGGUGUGCCAUUAAAGGUGGCCUUCUGACCUCUGAGGAAGAUUCUGGCUUUUCUACGUCACCAAAAGAUAACUCACUGCCAAAAAAGAAAAGGCAGAAAACUGAGAAAAAGUCAUCUGGGAUGGACAAGGAAAGUGGUAUGGACAAAUCUGACCUGAAGAAAGACAAAAAUGAUUACUUGCCUCUUUAUUCUCCAAGCACUAAAGUGAAGGAUGAGUAUAUGGUAGCGGAAUACGCCGUUGAAAUGCCGCAUUCUUCGGUUGGGGGCUCGCAUUUAGAAGAUGCAUCCGGAGAAAUACACCCACCUAAGUUGGUCCUCAAAAAAAUUAAUAGUAAGAGAAGUCUGAAACAGCCACUGGAGCAAAAUCAAACAAUUUCACCUUUAUCCACAUACGAAGAGAGCAAAGUUUCAAAGUAUGCUUUCGAACUUGUGGAUAAACAAGGUUUACUGGACUCAGAAGGCAACGCCGACAUUGAUCAAGUUGAUAAUUUACAAGAGGGGCCCAGUAAACCUGUGCAUAGCAGUACGAAUUACGAUGACGCCAUGCAGUUUCUGAAAAAGAAGCGGUACCUUCAGGCAGCGAGUAACAACAGCAGGGAGUACGCGCUGAAUGUGGGCACCAUAGCUUCUCAGCCUUCCGUAACACAAGCAGCUGUGGCAAGCGUCAUUGAUGAAAGCACUACCGCGUCCAUAUUGGACUCCCAGGCCCUGAAUGUGGAGAUUAAGAGUAACCAUGACAAAAAUGUUAUCCCUGACGAGGUACUGCAGACUCUGUUGGAUCAUUACUCCCAUAAAGCUAAUGGGCAGCAUGAGAUAUCAUUCAGUGUGGCUGACACUGAGGUGACGUCUAGCAUAUCAAUCAAUUCUUCGGAAGUACCUGAGGUCACCCAGUCAGAGAAUGUGGGAUCAAGCUCCCAAGCAUCCUCGUCGGAUAAAGCCAACAUGUUGCAGGAAUACUCCAAGUUUCUGCAGCAGGCUUUGGACAGAACUAGCCAAAACGAUGCCUAUUUGAAUAGCCCGAGCCUUAACUUUGUGACUGAUAACCAGACCCUUCCAAAUCAGCCAGCAUUCUCUUCCAUAGACAAGCAAGUCUAUGCCGCCAUGCCCAUCAAUAGCUUUCGAUCAGGAAUGAAUUCUCCACUAAGAACGACUCCAGAUAAGUCCCACUUUGGACUAAUAGUUGGUGAUUCACAGCACUCAUUUCCCUUUUCAGGUGAUGAGACAAACCAUGCUUCUGCCACAGCAACACAGGACUUUUUGGAUCAAGUGACUUCUCAGAAGAAAGCCGAGGCUCAGCCUGUCCACCAAGCUUACCAAAUGAGCUCUUUCGAACAGCCCUUCCGUGCUCCGUAUCACGGAUCAAGAGCUGGGAUAGCUACUCAGUUUAGCACUGCCAACGGACAGGUGAACCUUCGGGGACCAGGGACAAGUGCUGAAUUUCCAGAGUUUCCCUUGGUGAAUGUAAAUGAUAACAGAGCUGGGAUGACAUCUUCACCGGAUGCCACGACUGGCCAGACUUUUGGCUAAAAAACAAAACAAAACAAAAAUGUAAAUAAUACUGGCACUUUAGAACAGAUUAAUCAAGAGUGGGGUUACUCUGUGUAAGAUGGAGUGCUGUACAGAUUCAAGAGCAAUGCAUUAUAACAAGUUAAGCUGAUAUGAAUAGCAAGAUAAUCCAAUAACUGCAUUUUGUUUGGUUAGUCAGCAUUCUUUGAACUGCCUUACAUGUUGUCACCUUUAUAGAAGCAAUGCAUUACUUGUUCUAGAUCAGAAACUUGCUAUUCUACCUACACCAAGUUAAAAAGGAAAAAAAAAAAAAAAAAGACUUCCGCACAAUUGUUUCCUAGCUGAUUUCAUUGUACAUUCUUCGGAGAUUAGUGAUUGUGUGAGAUUUACUCUGAUACUGUUUCUGAGUCUUUCAGCGUAGUCAUUGCACUUCAGCAGGGAAUCCCAGUAUACUUUACAGCCAGAGUGAACUUCAGAGUUUAAAUGUCAAGAGAUGAUGGCUUAAAUAAAUUAGCGCGUCCUCUAGGGGGAAAAAGACACCACCUUUUAAAAAGAAUGGUAUGCCAUAUACCCUUGAUUUUCAUUUUGCAUUAUAUUGACAUGUGUUUUUUUUUUUUUUUUUGAAGAAAAAAAAGUAAUAAAACCUGAUAGUCGAAGACUCCACUAUUUAAAAGCCUAAUUACUUUUAAAAUAUGCAUACUUGCAAAACUUUUACCAAAAUACCCAACUGUUGAAGCAUUCACUUCUCUGUGGAAGUGUGCAUAUCGGUGUCAGUUUGUUUGUACAGUUGUACCUAGAUAUUUUUUAUGAUUUUUUCAUGUGCAGGUAUCAAGGUUUUGAAGUUUUAGUAAAAAAAAAAAAAAAAAAAAAA